AUGUCUUCCUUAAAAGAGCUUGAGCCUUACGUAGACAGCGGCAUCCGUGUCUUCCUCGGUAAACUCAGUGAGAUGGUGGGACGAACUGUUGAUAUGGGCAACUGGGUUCAGCUAUAUGCGUUUGAUGUCAUUGGCGAGGUGACCUUCUCGAAACGUUUCGGCUUCAUGGAUGUCGGUUCCGACGACGGCUCUUUCCAGCAGAUCGAGAAUGCUCUGAUUUCAGCUGCAUGGAUAGGCCAAGUGCCGUGGUUUUACUGGCUCCAUGACUAUUUGUCUCCAGUCAUUGGAAAUUGGCUUGGCAUAACGUCGCGCCACGGCAGUCUGCGCCAGUUCGCAGCCCGUGAGGUUGAUGCUCGGCAAGAUCGAGGAUCGGAUCACCAGGAUAUUCUUGGCAAGCUCCUGGAAGUUCAUCACCAAAAGCCCGAUCAGUUCGACGGGUCCGACUUGGUUUCUAUGGCGACAUCGAACAUCUUUGCCGGAAGUGACACGACAGCAAUUUCAAUUCGAUCGAUCAUAUACUACAUGCUGAAGAACCCCGAAAGUAAGCGCAAGCUCGUCGAAGAAGUUGACGAACUCUGGAAACAAGGAAAACUCAGCGACCCCAUCACCGUCUCGCAGUCCGAGAAUAUGCCGUAUCUGCAGGCCGCGAUGUACGAAGCCUUGAGGUUACACCCUGCUGUAGGCAUGACACUGCCACGCGUUGUUCCCAAGGGCGGUUAUGAGAUUGACGGACGUUUUAUGCCCGCCGGAUCUGUUGUGGGCGUCAAUCCAUGGGUAGUACAUCGAAGCACCGACGUAUACGGCCAAGAUGUACAUUCAUUCAGGCCGGAGCGAUGGCUCAAGGAAAACAAUGGGGACAUGCGCAAGUUCUUCCUUCUUGGCAAGCAUCUCAUUCCGACGCUGUUUCUGCAUUUUGACUUGGAGUUGGCGGACCCAAAUGUCCCUUUGGAGGAAAGAUGCUACUGGUUUGUCAUGCAGAAGGGUCUCAACGUUCGGCUCCGUCGAAGACAACUCCCAGAUGUUAUGAAUACGGACUGA